AUGGCGCAAAAGGAGCCAUCCACAGACUCGCAGAACCACCCUAGUGGAGAGGCUUCUAAACCAGCCACUCCUCCCAGCGUUGAAGCUGACAACCAAGAUGAAUACCCUCCCCUCUCGAAGGUUAUUGUCAUUGUUGCUGCAAUGAUGUGUACCGCUUUCCUGGUCGCAUUGGACCGUUUGAUCAUCGCCACAGCCAUUCCCGUCAUCACCAACCAUUUCAACUCCCUGGCAGACGUGGGUUGGUAUGCAUCAGCCUAUCUCCUCACAAUGUCUGCGUUCCAACUCUUCAUCGGCCGGAUCUACACCUUCUACAACCCUAAGACGGUAUACAUUGCCUGCAUCGCGAUAUUCGAGUUGGGCUCUUUAGUCUGCGGCACUGCUCCAAACUCGACCGCACUUAUAAUCGGUCGUGCGAUUGCCGGGAUAGGCAGCGCAGGCAUUUUCUCAGGGGCCAUCACAAUGAUUGUCUACCUCGUCCCAUUAGACAAGCGACCUGCCUGGAGCGGCAUCUUUGGCGCCGUGUUUGCAGUCGCUUCGGUCGCCGGACCUUUGCUGGGCGGCGUCUUUACCGACAAGAUCUCUUGGAGGUGGUGCUUCUACAUCAACCUUCCCAUCGGUGGUGCUAUGAUGGUGGUGCUAUUCUUUGUACUUCAGCUUCCAGAGGGCGCCACCAAAAGAACCAAAAUUCCUUUGAAGGAACAACUGCAGAAACUUGACCCUCUUGGGACAGCGGUCUUCAUUCCUUCUAUUGUCUGCCUCCUUUUGGCCUUACAGUGGGGAGGUAUCACAUACGAGUGGUCCAACGCUCGCAUCAUUGUCUUGUUGAUCCUUUCGGGAAUACUUUUCAGCAUUUUCGUUUACCUGCAACAUGUCUUUCAGGAGAACGCUACCAUCCCCCCUCGGAUCAUCAAAACCCGCUCCGUCGCCGCUGGCGUGCUAUAUGCAUUUUUCAGCGGGUCAGGAAUGAUGACCACAGUUUACUUUCUGCCUAUCUGGUUCCAAGCCAUCAAGGGUGCCUCGGCCGUUCACUCGGGAAUCAUGAAUCUUCCGGCUGUUUUGGGCAUCACCUGCUCCUCCAUGCUCGCUGGCUUUGCAACCCGCAAGAUUGGAUACUUCACGCAAUGGAUGUACCUGUCGUGCAUUUUGACGUCCGUUGGCGGAGGGCUCAUUAGCACCUUUACAACCACCACACCUCAUCCACAGUGGAUCGGGUAUCAGGCAAUCUGGGGGCUAGGUCUGGGUUUGGGCAUGCAACAGCCUAGUGUAGCUGCACAAGUUGCACUGGCCCGCAAGGACGUGGCGACGGGUGCAUCGAUGAUGUUCUUUGCGCAGACGUUGGGCGGUUCCAUCUUUGUCAGCGUGGCCAACAACAUAUUCGACAACACCCUUGCGUCCGAUCUGGAGAAAAUUCCGGGUGUGAACGCGGAUGUGGUCACGCACGUGGGAGCCACUGAUCUUCGUGGCAUUGUGCCGCCACCGCUCUUGCACUCCGUGCUCGUCGCGUACAAUGACGCGCUGAGAACUGCCUUUUAUGUCGGUGUGGCUGCAUCGGCGGCGACCAUCCUUGGGGCUUUGGCCAUGGAGUGGAAGAAUCUGAAAAAGGUUGCAGCUGCUCAAAAAGCCGCGGCCAAGGCAGCGAAAGAGGCUGCAGCGAGCCAGCAGGACGAAAGCAAACCCUGCUCGCCUGAUGGGCCAGAUACUGACACAAAAUUGAGCACUGACGGGGCAAACUAUGAGGUUGGUGAGGAGAAGAAAAAUGCCAUCGACAAGGUCUAG